GCAACACUUUUGUAGUCUGGUGGAAAAGUCGAGAAAAAAAGUAGGUGGAAAGGAAUUUUUAAUUAUUUAUACACAAUAGAAGUGUCCCAGAAUGAAAAAUUGCCUCACGUCAUUUCACACAUAUUUCUUUUUGCGUAUUAUAAUAAAGCAUUUUUAUAGCUGUUAUUCCGAGAUAUCCAAUUUCAUUUAGAACGCAUUAAAGCAAGCUUUUUAACAUAUUCUUUUCUGAUUAUAUGGAGAUAAUUAGAUUUUAUGUUGUAAAUGGACGCAAGCGUUGUAGCUUUUAUAUCGAAUUAUUCACAAAUUUCUAAGUGAUGACUCUUAAAGGUGGACUUGACAAAUUUUUAUGGGCAUUUUAUGGAAAUUCGGAUGUUUAUGGAAAUUCGGACACUUUCUCUGUUAAACUCGGUGUUCUGCACCAACCAAACACUGGACAGGGCAGAUUUUAUUUGACAAUAUAAAAUGAAAUAUUUUGAAUGCCAAGAAUGUACCAAAAUUUAUAUAAAUGAAAAUAGACAUUCACAUUUGCUUUUCUAUCGGAAUUCAGAUAAUACUAAUUUGGUGUCGGAUUUACGUCAGAUUUAAAAAUAUGCAAAACCACUGAAUGUGAAACGAGUGAAUUGAGCAUUCAUCGGAGCGGAAGGCGCAAAUUCGGAAUAUGUUUGUCCUGGUCGCUUAGAUAGACAUCAAUUUUCCGCCUGUCACCUCCGACAAUGAAUCGACACUGAAUGACCGGCGAGCUAAAAGGACACAGAUCUGGCAGCCUAUAUCAGUGGUGUUAGAGAGGGAUAAAGUGACAAGUUCAUGUAUUACCAGCAUACAAUUUGAUUAAAACCGGAGAAAUACUGACCAGUCCGGCAGAGAGCACGAAUUUCUAUUAACGGACGCUGGGGACGUUAUUAAAACCCUUAAUAACAGUGAUUCUGACUGAAUAAAUUGGAAAUAUAUAGAAAGUGGAAAUUUAACAUAACAUUUCAAAGUGAAAAACUAUGUCUGUUUUAACAAUUGUUAAUAAUUGAAUCGGCAGACACGGUAGAACAGAAUCCUUUUAUUGUGUUAUAAAAUCUUUAAACCCAUACGUGAUAAACGAAAAAUGCAAUAACUGUCUCGCGGUUAUGUCAAUAGAUCAUUUUACAUGAAAUGGACGUUGAUUUUCGUAAGACAAGAAUGAUAACUAACACGGUAGUGUGAUCAGCAAACUGUAACGAAACAACGAUGAGAUAACUAUAGUUUAUGUUGACACCACUAAAUAAGAAAUAAUUUAAUUAAUACAGGGACAUCAACAAGGAAGGAGUGAAACAUUUUCCUAACAAUACAACUGGGGACCAUUCAGCCAGGGAGAUUAACCAAGAGAGGCUGAAUUAUUGCGGAAGAAAUUGGAAUUUUGGAGUGUUCAAUAAUUCUGGGGUUCAGUUGGACGAAACUCAGUCUGUGGUUAAGAAAUGUUGUAUGCAUAUGACGCUUGGAGCGCAUUUACGUAAAAGUAGAGUUUCACCAGAGUUACACGCUAAUUCUUAAAGACACUUUUUAGAAAACAUUGAAUGAAAUAUCUCAGUAUCUGUUGACAGUUCCGAUCGGUGGUAUUCAGCACUGAAACGUACGGAUCUUUAAUUAAAUACAGAGUUUAUUCUCGGAGCAAAUUGACGUAAUCGUUGGAUAUUUUCAAUACCUUAUGACAGUUAAAGAGAUCGCAAAACAUAAAUUUGAGUAUUAGGCGAAUAGCUAUUGCAAUUUCAUUACAAAGCAACAAAUUUCAAGUGCCCGGUAAGUGCUUACAGACGGCAUUGAAGUAAAAGGGGAUACGCCUCUAUCCAUUUUGCCAAUCAAUGUCACUAGUACACGGCGCCUCUGAAGAGUAUGCUAUAUCGAAUAGACUCAGUCACGUUUGAAUAGAAUCGCCAUAAUUCAUCCCAAGGUGAACUUUUUUGUAUAGAAAUCGGUGACAAUAAUUCUUAAUAGAAAUAAAUUGUGAAAAGAAGAAAUUAAUAAAUCGACUUGAUGGUUAUUGUACCAGCAAGGGCAAAAGAAGAAGAAAUUAAUUAAAUGUCCAUGAUCCAAUUAUAACUUCGCAUCUAAGAAUCGAGGAACGUAACGAGAGGGGAACUUUUCAACAGAAUAUCAAAAGUGUUAGAGUAGAAAAUAUUGUGAAAUAAGCUGCGGAAUUUCUACUGGACUAGGAUAUCUUAGGAUUAAAUCUUCGUUUUUUCGUGGAAAGCAGGAAAGAAGGAAAGAAAAUGAUGGAGAGAAGGUUUCGUUAUUUAUUCACUUUGUGUUUUAUUAUGGGUUUCCAAAUCCACAUGCCAGUGACGAUGUUUCCAGCGGAAUCGAGCAUGAGUAAAGUCAACCAAAAUACCAGUGAAUUAAAUGACCUAGUUUUAACUGAAAGCGAACUUAACGAAAAGUACACUCCAAAAAGUUAUGAUAAAGACCUGAAUGUCGUUGAAUACGUUCAAUUUCAUUCACGGAGCCGAGAACAUGUAAAAGCAGCCGGUGCAAUCGGCUCAGAAGCUAUUCAGCUGGAUCAGUUGAAUAAAAACACUAAUCAAGCAAGUCUGGUAGACCUACACGAUUUCAAUGAAGGUAUAAAAUUAAACGGAUUAGAACGGGAUUUAAGUACAGAUCGCAUUAAAUCUGCGAAAUCUGUAAUAAAUCGUCUUCCAGAGGAUUUACGAGCCGGCAAGUUAGAACAAAUUCAACAGAAACUUGCAAACCUAUCAGCUAAUCUGUUAACAAGGAAAAAUAUUUUGCCAGGCAACAAUAGACGACCAGUUGUCAAAGGGCGUGAAAUAAAUAAAGAUGGCGGAGAUAAAUAUAACAAUAACACUGUGAUAAAAUCAGAGCAAUCCCAAAGUACACACACUAACCUAAAUUGGAUCCUGGGUGAUAAAGUACCGAGUACUAGCAAAACCAGUAUGUCUGGUAUAUUGUGGCCAUCUGUGAUAGUUGAUAAAUGUCCUCAAGGUUUUCGAAAGGAAGAACAAGUUGCUUGGAAAAGAAAGGUGGAAAAUUUUGACAUUGUCAAAGUUGAAGCUGGUUGCGGAAGCAUGCAGAAUAGACUAAUAACAUUCAACGAUUCUACGAGAGCUUGCGUAAGAUACAGAAUGAACACGGAUCAACUGCAAGGAGAAAUCUAUUCAUACUACCUCAGUAAUCUUCUCGGUAUGCACUAUACCCCGCCCACUACUUUACAUAAAGUUGAGAAUUCACGACAAUGGCGGGAUGUUGGGGAAGACAUUAUUGCGGCCAAAUGGUCAGAAAACAAGCCCAUAAUCGUGACUAAAUGGAUUGAAUCCCUAGAGCCCGUUUAUAUGCCAGAUCAAAUGAAAGACAUGAAAAGAAAGUUACACCAAGAAAAUUACCAGUUAUAUGACAUGGCCGAUGGCGAUCUAUGUGAUUUAGUGCAAUGGACGGAUUUAAUUAUAUUUGAUUAUAUAUCGGCCAAUUUAGAUAGGGUAGUUAAUAACGUAUUUAAUUUAAAAUGGAACCAUAAAAUGUUAGAAAAGCCUAUACAUAAUCUUGAAAAGUCGAAGCGAACCGGUCAGUUUGUUUUUGUUGACAACGAGUCAGGACUUUUUCAUGGAUAUAGGCUCUUAGAAACGUACGGCGAAUAUCACAAGGCUCUCUUGGAUAAAGUCUGUAUUUUCCGUCCGUCAACUGCACAAGCAAUAGAGACACUUUAUGCUAAAGGUGAUGCAGGUCUCAGGGUACAGCAGUUAUACGAAGACAGCGAACAGUUGCACGGACAUUUACCAAGGAUGCACGCCAAAAAUAUGCAAAUGUUACAAUCACGAAUUAAUGAUGUUUAUAAACAUAUGCAGCUAUGUCGACAUAUAAGUUGAAAUAAAACAUACGGUUAUAUACAAUGAUGAAAAAAAGUCAUGUCAUUUUCCCCCUCAUAAAAUGAUCGCAGUCAUUUACUCAGUUCAGACACUUUCCCGUUGAAUAACUUUGUAUCUAAAAGAUACAAUCUGAUAUACUUAUCAAAUACAGAUAUAAAUUUGCGUCAUAGCAAUACAAAAUAAAAUGUAUUGAUAAUCGUAUGCAAAUGAAAGAGAAGAUAAAUCUUCAAAUAAUAACAUUUUAUAUUGAAAAACGUUGCAAUUUCAUUGAUAUGAUGAAGAAAACGACAGUGUCAUGGCAACGCAUCGAACAUCAAAGACGGAAUAUCUAAUCAAAGGAUAUGAAACGUCCAGCCAAGCAGAAAACUUGAUGACAAUAGAAACUCAUCUUUCAACAAGUAAAAGAGCUGUUCAUCACGAUCAGGCGUUGGUCCAAGAUGUAAAGAAAAAAUUGAAGACAAAUUAGAGAACAUUGUGAAGAAAGCAUGUCACUCUAGGAUGAGCGAAUGUCUUUGAUGACGGAGAAUACCAAACUUUUAGAAGCUUGAAAGAAGUGCGGAAGUUCAAAAUUCAGGGCAUUUUUACGUAAACGGACAUUUUAUGGUGCAAUUUCGAAACACACGUAAUGGCGUGAACUGUAUUUAAAUUUGUAGCAUUUGGUUAUAAAGAAAUAACUGUUUGAAAUAGAUUUAUGGGCGUUUAGCUCAAGGUACACACUAUUUGCAUUAUAGACACAUUGUUUAUUAAUGCGAUCAGUUGAAAGCGCACCGUAAAUUGCAUUUUAAAGACACGUUGUUAAUUAAAUGUGUGUACUUUAAAAUGCAUUAUGAUUGUAAUUUAUAGGAAUCAGUGGCUUAAGCUCGUUUAAUUUGUCGGGCAUUUGUAACCACUGUUUCUAAGUGUUCUUGACCCCUAGAUGUCGUUUUGCAGACGUCUACUCUAAUCUACGACAGUCGUUACGUUAUGAGUCAUCUUAUCUUGAAGUACCAUUGUUUGUUUUAUUAGGAAAUAGUUUCACUUUUAUGUAUGUUUAUAACAAUUGGCAACGAAAUAAGUAUACCCUUUAAGUCAUUUCUCAAGAAAAUUUGAUCGUCUUUUCUUUAACGUGACACCGAAGCUCGAGCAGGCUAGUACAUGUACAUGAAACCCGCGUAGUAAUCCAUUAACCAUUUCAGCUCUAUUUCCUCAUUGUGUAAGGUCGCAUAAUUUGCAUAAAGUCCUUAUCAACCAUCAUAGUUUCUGAAUAAUCAAUCUUUGCAAGAAAAAAAAUAACGUGCAGGUGAAAUAAAUGAAUUACGCUAACAACGUUUAAUGAUGACAUAUCGAUAUAAAGACGUUACGUUGUGAUUAUACAAACAUUUUAAGCAUCCGAGUUGAUCAAACGGUUUGAAACGGGGAAAUAUUUUUUUUAUAAUUCACGGUCUGGGAUUUUAUGUAUUAUGAUCAAUCUCAAGUUUUAUGUAAGUUUAAUUUGUCAAAGUACACACAAAGAAAAGCAGCGUUGUUUGGAUUCUGACCUCGGGGUUAACCAGUCAUUUGACGUGCAUCAGUAAGCACCUUAUAUUUUUAUUGAUCACUUGAAUUGUUGGUGCGACAAAAGGGAAAAUAAAUUAAAAAUAUAUAAAUGGUUUAACAAUAACGUUGUGUUUUAUUGUACAUGCGUUUUCAACAGCUGUUGUAUUUAAUUGAAGUACACGAAUAUAAAGUGGUUUUCGAUUUUGAACCAAGUAUUUAAUAUUGUUUGUUGAUUUACCUUUUGUAGUUUUAAGCAGGAUCUCUAUGGAAUUGUGCAUUGUAUUUCCAACAAGAACUAACUUAUUCUCCAAGUGUGAACGUGACAACUUCUUCACAUGUAUAAGACAUAGGAGACUAAUUGGUCAUAACAGUAUAAUGCUCAUAGGCAUCAAACUUACGACCGUUUGAUAGAAAAGACUCGUUCUUUCGUAAUGAGCUUACCGAUGGUAGUAGUGGGACCAAGUUUUGUUGGGAUAGGAGGCCUUGGAUACUGUUCAGCUGCACAUAUCAUUAACGUUUGUUUACUUAAAUUUGCAAGAUAGUUUCUCAUCAAUACAAAUACAAACUGUAUCAAUAUAAAGGCCAAUGCAUAUCACAGUCAAUGUAGAUCACUGUCAAUGCAUAUCACAGCCAAAAACUAUCACAGUAAAAGCAUCACAGUCAAGUCAAUGAAUAUCACGGACAAUAAAUAUCAGAGUCAGUGCAUAUCACAGUCAAUGUAUAUCACUGUCAAUGCAUAUCACAGUCAAUGCAUAUCACAGCCACUGCAUAUCACAGUCAGUACACAUCACAGUCAAUUCAUAUCACAGUCAGUGCAUGAUAUCACAGCCACUGCAUAUCACAGUCAGUACACAUCACAGUCAAUUCAUAUCACAGUCAGUACACAUCACAGUCAAUUCAUAUCACAAUCAGUGCAUAUCACAGUCAAUACAUAUUACAGUCGGUGCAAUCAAAACAUACCACAGUCAAUUCAGUCAGUAGAUAUCACAGUUAACACACGUUACAGUCAACACAUAUCACAGCCAACACAUAUCACAGUCAGUUCAUAUUACAGUAUAGAAUAAGGGAUAAUUUUUAUAUCUUAGCGUUGUGUAGUUUUAUAUUUUUCGACUUAAGAUUGAUACAUAUAUGUAUUAAACAAACAAAGAAAUGAUCAUCAUACUCUGUUACUUGUUCAUUGUAAAAGUUGUCUCGGUAUAAAAUCAUUUAGAAAUAUCAAUUGUUUUUUGUUCAAAAGUCAAAAUAUCAUUCUCCGACAUAUGAGCAUAAAAGUAAAUCUAUAUGUACCAAUCUCAUGUAUUUUAAUGAUCUAUAGAAAUGUAUUGUGCCUCACUGCCCAUACAAACACAAACAAAGAGACACUUGGGUAGUAAGAUAACGAUAAAUAAUGACAGUAAAAUCGCAAUUCAUGCUAUCUCCUGGGUUUUGUUUUGAUCAGAUAAGCAUGCAUAUUGCUGAUGGAAUUAUAUGAAUCAACAUAAGAGCCGCGCCACGAGAAAACCAACAUAGUGCGUUUGCGACCAGCAUGGAUCCAGACCAGUCUGCGCAUCCGCGCAGUCUGGUCAGGAUCCAUACUGUUCGCUAACAGUUUCUCUAAUUCCAUUAGGCUAUGAAAGCGAACAGCAUGGAUCCUGACCAGACUGCGCGGAUGCGCUGGCUGGUCUUGAUCCAUGCUGGUCGCAAACGCACUAUGUUGGUUUUCUCAUGGCACGGCUCAAUUAUGAGGUCGUUAUUAUUUAUAUUAGAUGUACCCUUUUGAACUAAGGUAAGGGUUAUCCGGGGUGAAAAAUAAUGUUUGUUCUUCAUAAAAGGUGAACAAAUACCAUAUGUCUGAGUAGAAAAUUAUUGAAAUAAAUUUCGGAAUAAAUCAUCGUAAUUGUACAAUAAGGACUCGCGUGAACAACGGGUAUGUAGUUAUAUAAAAGAAUAUCUUUAUAUAAAAUAUUUAGAUUGUGCAAUAUAUUUGUUAUUUAAUCGUCCUCUGCAAUUUUAUGGAUGUCUACAUGUGAAAUAAUGAAAUAAAAGCUAAUAAAUUUUAUUAAAUGUU